UCAUGUAAAAAUCAAUAGUAUAAAACUUUUAUCAUUUACGACAAUUACUAUUUGAGAAAAAUAAUUAAAAAUGUUUAACCCUUUUCAAAAGACAGUCUCGAUCAAUUUUGGAAAGAGACUUUCUGGGACAAAGUGUACAUGUCCAGGAAGCAUUAUUCAAAUAAGAGAGGGUGCUGCUAACAUUUGUUCGAGUUGGCGCGAAAUUCGUCAUAUUUAUGGAGAAGAAUUUUCAUAACCUUUUUUUUAUGUUUCGGAAGGAGAUUAAACCCCUAACAGCCAGCCCCUCCCCUCUUUCUUUUAUACGCGCCAGAUUCGGUGAAUUAGGUAUGUAGCAGUGAUAAAAAGCAGAAACUGUGUUGAUGGCGACUUUUACGUCAUAUCGUAAGCCUAGAAUGAAUAAAAAAAAAUGAAUUGAGUUUAGUUAACUGGAUAUUUAAAGUAACAACAGUAGCUUACUACGCUCGUUAUUGUAUCAUGACAAAUAACUUGUCCCAUUCGCUUCAAGUUUGCCAAAAAAUCCAUUGGCAAGUAUAUUUUACUCCUCUCUGUAGUCAACAGAAUAGGGAAACGAAAAUGAAAUCACUAUUUGCGUUUACAUUCAUACAUGGAGUCUUGAUUUUUUUUGUUGCGCCUGUUAGUGUGUUCCCAAACGAGGAAAAUUGCUAAUUCAAGUGAGCGUUUCUGCUUCACGAAGUACGUUGAUAGUAAGCCAACAGUGCUUCACGUUUUUUUUCGCAAUGGAUUCCGACUGACCGUGUAGGAUGAUUACAAUAAACCGAUUACGAAUAUAGUAAAAAUGUCUCACCCGAUGAUUGGAUCGCUCAACACCUGAUUCCAGGUAGAGACUAUCGGUAAUCUAAUAAUAAUAGCAGGAAAAGUGCAGCGACGGGUGGAUUGAAAAUGUAAAUCCAGAAUUUGAAUUAAGUAAUCGCGCCAGCAACAAGUGAAACUCAAAAAAAACAGCUCAUUCGACGUCGACGUCGCCAAUCUUUUUUCGAUUUCACACGUGGCGUAGCCUGCACUUGAAUAAGCAUUCGCUUUCAGGCUUCAGGCCUGCACUUAUCCGACCGUACAAUGACGUCGUCUGGUUACGUAGCCAGCGUUAAUGCGUUGAAUAUGUUCGACAAACUUCACACUUCCUCUUUGAGUCCCUUUGUACCGGUGGCGCCGGUGCCGGCAUCUUUGUCGCCUACGGAAGUGCUGUUAGACGCCUUCAAUGUCACCUCCUCGACGGUAGCCAUCGUCUCCCCCAGCCCAAUACCAACACUCAUAACAUCGCCCGUGGAUGAAUUUGUGGUGCUGCCAGGGCCAGAGGACGUUCAACUGUUCAACAGUUCCAAUGGUCUUUACCAGCAGUCGGUGACGCUAACCGCCCGGAUGUAUCCGAUUGAGGCCACCGCGGCGAAGUCAAUCUGGGGCUUACCGACGCUGAUUUGGGCGAUUCUGAUCGGGACCAUAGUUAUACUGCUCGUGAUUUUAGCGACUUUAUUUUUCUGCUGUUGGCUACAACCGAGGACACGAAAACUACUUGCCUCCAGUUACUACACCGGAAGCACUGUAUCUCACAAUACAAUCGUGCCGAAAUCUCGAACCAGUGAUUCUAACCAGCUAGUGAUGCCCUUGUCGAUCGGUAUAUGUCCACCACAGUACAGUGCACCUCCUCCCCCUACAAGCAGUAGCAGUGGAACCAGUAGUGGCAGCAAUCAUCACUCCAAUCAGCAGAAUUGUCCGGGCUCAUCGAACGCAAUCUCGUGUCAUCCAGGCAGCAGUGGCAGUAACAGCACCAAUCAACUUGCUGGGCAUCACGGUAAAUACGGGAAUUCACCGCAGUACGCUCAUCAAUAUCAUCAACAGCAGCAACAGUACCAGCAUCACCAUCAAUGCAUUCACCAUCAGCAACAACAGCAGCAACAGCAUCAACAACAACAACAACAACAAUAUCAUGCUCAUUACGCUCACAUACAGCAGCAACAACAACAGAGUAAUCAAUAUGCACAGAAUCAUCAGCAAACGCUACAACAGUAUUACAAUCAGCAGCAGCAACAACAGCAACAGCAUCAACAAUUGACACAAUACAUGCAUCCGGCUCAGCAACAGGCACUACAACAACAGCAGCAUCAACAGAGAGAGAUGCAGCAGCAGCAGCAUCACUACCACCAACAGCAUCACCAUCAAACGCAACAGCAACAGCAGCAGCAGCAACACCACCGCCACCAGCAGCAAAGCCAAUUGGUGCACCACAAAUCCAUGUGGGCCAUUAAUCCACUGUAUGCUUCCAGCGGGGUUAUCAGCGAAUCGUCUUCCGCGGGCGGACGAGUAGGCGGUGAUGGUCGACAUGACAACGAUGACGAUGGGGUUGGUAGCACUUCCUACCGGACGCGAUCGCUGCCGUCGUGGGGUAAAAAUAAACAGCGGCCACUGUCAAAUGCCGAUGACCUCGAGGAACUGUAUACGAAGGUGAAUUUUAGCAAAAAACGUCGCAAUCGGAUGCGUAACGACGAGGCGGCCAUUAUAGCGCUGUCGCGAUCUCGAUCUCAGAAUUUAUCAUCCCUGCCGCUGGCCGAUCAGGAUGCAGUCGUAGUGUACGACGAACGGACUGCACUGUGAAUCCUCUUCGUUGCGGAGGACGUCUGGACCGGUGCAAACCAACAAGUUUAUUAUAUCCUUACGCAUUGGAUGUGUUUUUUUUAUUGGUAGAGAAAUGUUGAGACUAUGCUACCCGAAGUAGAAGAAGCUAGACAUAAAUUUGGGAUCCUUCUUCCACAAGCUCUAUUUAGUCCGAGGGGUACUGAACUUUUUACUAGUUAUUUACACAGUUCGAUGCAUGUGGAAGGACAAAUGUGCAUUUUGCAUUUACUAUCGUAUCUAACAAUAAUCACGCUAGCAGACUAAUCGUUCGUAAAUGUUGAAACAAAGUUCGAGUAACGCGAAGAAUCGCCACUUCUUUCGAACGGACAACAGUGGUGAUCCUCAUCUCAAAACAAAAAAAAAAAAAUAGAAGCAGUCUUCUCCACAAACAAUAUCAAGCUUAAUCGUUAGUCGUUGAAAGCCCCGAUGGUGUAAAGCCAACCCGAAAGUAUCGUAAAAUCGAGAGAAAGUAAAUGUUAUUUAUAACGGCAAAUCACAUAUUUCGACAACGGAAGAUAAAAGAAAACACAUUUACAAAGACUGAUAGAUUUCCUCUGUGAAGAACCAUAAAUCAUACUAUCAUUACGAAACGGAGAAACUAACUUUUCACAUUUGAACUAAACAGAACACAAGCGCUAACCGUAGAGGCGAUAAACAUUUUUAUUACAAUCUCAAGAAAAAAAAACUUUUUAAACCCAUAGGCUUAAUCUCCCGUCAAAACUACCGAUACAGCAGCGAUAGAGAAUAUCAUAUAUAUCAUUUCCUACCGGAACCGUUCAAUGUUGAAGCUACAUAAAUUUCGUGCUAGAAUUGUAAAUCUAGGAAGCGUAAAACGUUUUUAGUGAAAUUCGAAUCAUUAAACUAUUUAGACCAUUUCCUUUAGUGAGAAUUAGCGAGUCAGAUAGACAUGUAUACCGUUAUCAUUUCGUUUUGCCAUACGCGUUGAGUUGUAAAAUUUUAGAGUGAAAUGAUCAUUUUUUAAACGAACGCGAAAAAUUUACACAUUGUGUGGAUUGGCUAAGGCAGGAACUAGAAUGCUGUUCACGUUUGUUCAUGACGCAUGAACACAAAAAAGCAGAGAAUUAUUUUGCCAAGCAAACGAGGAACGGAAAGUUUUAUUUGUUGAAAUAGAAAUGUUGAAGUAUUGUAAAAGUAUUGACCCCUAGCCAUCAUUACUGCAAGAUUUGGGCUAAACUCGAAGAAGGGUAGUGUUAUUUGUGAAUGAACUUGGAAAAGAGGAUAAGAAAAUAAAAUCCGAAGUGAAUUGAGA